GUUAUGUUUCUCGGUUCUUCCAGAGCAGCCAUGGAGGUGGUAAACAUGAUGGAGCAGCCCAUCAAGGUGACGGAAUGGCAGCAGACUUACACCUAUGACUCGGGGAUCCACUCUGGGGUCAACACCCAGGUGCCGUCCAUCAGCAGCAAGUUGGUGGAUGACGACGACCUCUACGGCAAGCAAUACACCAUUAAGAAAACCACCACUUACAGCCAGCCUGGAGGGCCACCAGUCCAAACUCAAGCCGAUUUGGAGUCCCAACUGGCCAUGACGCGCGCCCAGCGCAUUCGGGCCGCCAUGUACCCGGAAACUAUGGAGGACCGCUCCCUUCUCAUCAACACCCAAGUUGAAGGGCAGCAGACAAACGUGCAGCGGCUGGCCGAACCCUCGCAGAUGCUCAAGUCAGCCAUUGUGCAUCUCAUCAACUACCAGGACGAUGCUGAACUGGCCACCCGCGCCAUCCCUGAACUCACCAAGCUCUUGAAUGACGAGGAUCCGGUGGUGGUCAGCAAAGCCGCCAUGAUUGUGAACCAGCUCUCUAAGAAGGAGGCAUCCCGCCGUGCUUUGAUGCAGUCUCCUCAGAUUGUGGCUGCAGUCGUGCGCACCAUGCAAAACACCAGUGACCUGGAUACGGCCCGCUGCACCACCAGCAUCCUCCACAACCUGUCCCACCACCGCGAGGGACUAUUGUCCAUCUUCAAGUCCGGGGGCAUCCCAGCUCUGGUGCGCAUGCUCAGCUCUCCCGUAGAGUCUGUCUUGUUCUAUGCCAUCACCACCCUUCACAACCUGCUGCUGUACCAGGAAGGGGCUAAGAUGGCCGUGCGCCUGGCCGACGGGCUCCAGAAGAUGGUCCCCCUGCUGACCAAGAACAACCCCAAGUUUCUGGCCAUCACCACAGACUGCCUGCAGCUACUUGCCUACGGGAAUCAGGAAAGCAAGCUCAUCAUUUUGGCCAACAGCGGCCCUCAAGCCCUUGUCCAGAUCAUGCGCAGCUACACGUAUGAAAAGCUGCUGUGGACCACGAGCCGCGUCCUGAAGGUUUUGUCUGUGUGCCCCAGCAACAAGCCAGCCAUUGUGGAAGCUGGUGGCAUGCAAGCCCUGGGGAAGCACCUGACCAGUUCCAGCCCAAGACUGGUGCAGAACUGUCUGUGGACUCUGAGGAACCUCUCAGAUGUGGCCACCAAACAGGAGGGCCUCGACGGUGUCCUGAAGAUCCUGGUCAACCAGCUGAGCUCCGAUGACAUCAACGUGCUGACCUGUGCCACUGGCACCCUCUCCAAUCUGACCUGCAACAACAGCAAGAACAAAACCCUGGUGACUCAGUCCAACGGGGUGGAGGCCCUGAUACACACCAUCCUCCGGGCGGGAGACAAAGAGGACAUCACCGAGCCUGCCGUCUGUGCCCUGAGGCACCUCACCAGCCGGCAUCCUGAGGCCGAGAUGGCCCAGAAUUCUGUGCGGCUCAACUAUGGCAUCCCCGCCAUCGUGAAGCUGCUCAACCAACCCAACCAGUGGCCACUGAUUAAGGCUACCAUCGGCCUCAUCCGCAACCUGGCCUUGUGUCCCGCCAACCACGCCCCCUUGCAGGAAGCUGCCGUCAUCCCACGCCUGGUCCAGCUUUUGGUGAAGGCUCAUCAGGAUGCCCAGCGCCACGCAGCUGCUGGCACACAGCAGCCGUACACGGAUGGAGUGAAAAUGGAAGAGAUCGUGGAAGGCUCCACAGGCGCCCUGCACAUUUUGGCUCGCGACCCUAUGAACCGCAUGGAAAUCUUCCGUCUGAACACCAUUCCGCUCUUCGUGCAGCUCCUCUAUUCUCCAGUAGAAAACAUUCAGCGUGUGGCAGCUGGCGUGCUGUGUGAACUGGCCCAGGAUAAAGAAGCAGCUGAUGCCAUCGACGCAGAGGGUGCCUCAGCCCCACUCAUGGAGCUGCUGCACUCCCGGAACGAAGGCACAGCCACUUAUGCGGCAGCUGUGCUCUUCCGCAUCUCAGAAGACAAAAACCCAGAUUAUCGGAAACGCGUUUCAGUGGAACUGACCAAUUCGCUGUUCAAGCACGACCCUGCCGCUUGGGAAGCUGCCCAGAGCAUGAUACCCAUUCACGAGCCAUAUGCAGAUGUGGAACUGGACGGUGGCUAUCGCAUGUACGCUGGGGAUGACCCCAUGGACAUGCACCUGGAUAUGGACGCCGAGUACCCCAUGGACGCCUACAGUGACAAUGUGCGGGCACCCUACGCAGACCACAUGCUCGCCUAGUGCACUCCUUGGGAGAGCUUAAGAUGUUUUCUCAACACAGAAGAGAGCAGUGCUCGAGUCCGGGGGCGCUUGGGAGACAGAAGUGCCUGAGAAAGAUAACGGACUCUUCCUUUCCCUGCAAAGAGGUUUUAUUUUCUAAAAAAAGUGUUUUCCUUUCUGCGGGCCUGUGGGAAAGAUGCCCCCACCCCCGUACCCAGGAUCGUUUCUGACAACCAUGUAACGAUAACCUUUCUACCAGCAAGUCCGUCUCUCCCCCCGCCUCUCCGUUCCCCUCUCCCAGCUUCCAUCUUUGAAUCAAACUUUCUUCUCCUCCUCUCUUCCUACAUCUAACUUCCUUAAAAUUCGGACAACAUUCUCGGAACGGCUGUGGGAUCUUCAUAAGAGUAUUUUUAUUUUUCAAAUAAAUACAUACCAAUCCCCCUCCACGUGUAGUACCAGUCCACCUUCUUGCCAUUUCCUUGCCCCUUUCUUUGUUUGCACUUCUUGUUCUUGCUGAUUAGGAAGCGAAUAAAAUAGAAAUGUUGCUAAUUCUUUUCCCCUUGCGUUUUACUUUCUGGUUUCAUGAAAGAAUAAGGACAGCUGGUGUGGGGUAGGGGUGAGAUUGCCCUGGCAACGUGCAUUUCCCAUAAUGCCCCAGUCAAGCCCCCCCCUACAAAGAAAGUUCUCUCUAUCCAUUUCUUGAAGCAAGCAGGCCUUCUACUGACUAGUUCUUGAGCAUCUCUUUUAACUCAAGGCCUUCUCUUUCUCCCCUCCCCUGACUUUCCCCGGUGACUGGCGUGUUUCCCUCCUCCCCGGCAUCGCUGCCUUCCUUCGCUCUUCUAAUGCAUUUUUAAAAAGCGGCUCUCUCAGCGUGAUGGCUUCAGGCUUCCACUGGAAAAGGGAUCGAUGCAGCUGCAAAUGUAGUUCAGAAAAUUUUAUUAUUAUUUCUCUAAGGGUUUUUUUGUAUAGACCAAAGCUAAAAAAAAAAAAGACAAAUAAAAAC